GUUGAAUCAUGUCUGGAAGAGACAAGGGCGGAAAGGGUCUGGGCAAUGGAGGCGCUAAGCGCCACAGGAAGGUGCUGCGGGAUAACAUCCAGGGCAUCACCAAGCCCGCCCUCCGCCGCCUGGCACGCAGAGGGGGAGUCAAGCGCAUCUCCGGCCUCAUCUACGAGGAGACUCGCGGCGUGUUGAAGGUGUUCCUGGAGAACGUUAUCCGGGACGCGGUCACCUACACCGAGCACGCCAAGAGGAAGACCGUCACCGCUAUGGAUGUGGUGUAUGUUCUGAAGCGCCAGGGACGCACUCUGUACGGAUUCGGGGGUUAAAGCCUCGCUUCGGUUUUACUCCUUAAAACGGCGCUUUUAAGAGCCACCCACCUAUUUCGUUGAAAAAAACUGUAGCCACUCUAUUCUCUCUUAAGAACAUCAUUUCCCUCUUCUUUACAACUGUUCUUAGAAGAGCCAGGGUCUUAUACAGAGGCCAGUUAACCCUUUACAUGCCAACCGUUUGAUCCUUGAUGCCAUCUACUGCCAAGCCGUUUUUAGACAUUUUCUACUUUCACUGUUUUAACUGCUGGACAGGGAAACAAUCAUACUUAUGAAUAGCAGGGGGAGCCCCCCCCGCCUUACUUCCCAGCCAUGCAGAACUCAAGCAGCUUUCUUUGUUUCUCUGUAGAGCAGUUGGUGACUGUGUAGAGAUUUGUAUUGGAUUUUAUUUUUGCCUUUACAUCCCCUUUACUGUUUCUAACUCCAGCUGCAGGGACAAAGGUCAUGGAGCCAGAUUUAAACAGAUCGACUCAGAUUAAAUUUUUUUGUAUCCCACAUUAAGAUCAAUAAACCAUAUCGUUAUGAACCAUAUAUUUAGGUGUAAAUGGAAGUGGUCAUAAUUGUGUUAUAUUAGCUAAGCAACUUCAAGUACCAUAUGACUAGUAGUUAAAUGAAAAAUAAACUCCAAAUAUA